UUUUUUUUAAAUAGAAAACACAAAAACCCAUCUAAAAUUUCAUUACAUCUGUGAAAAGACAACAUCAUUACCAUUGUAUACCAUACACGUCAGGACAUCUACACUGUCCAUAGUAAAUUGCCGUAAUACAAUACAAAUGAACAAUUAUACAACACAAAUGGAAAAUGUACAAUACAAAUGAAAAAUUAUGCAAUAUAGAUGGAUGAUGCACAAUACAAAUGAAACAAUAUAAAUGGAAAGUAUUAAAUAAUACAACGUUUGACAUGUCAUACUGAUGCUGUACCCUAAGUUCAAUGGAGUCUAUAUGUGUUGUCAUAACAUAACUUCAACUUAUUCAUUAUUGCAGCAUAUCAUUGAUUUCUUAUUCAAUUGCUUGCCCCUGUCAACAGUUCUUGUCAAUAAAACUCAAGCUCGGAUUGCAGUGUCAUUGCAAAUUACCGGCAUAUCUGAUACGGAGUUAAAAUUCACACGAGUAAUGAAAUUGGAAGCAGCAUGGUUUCCGAAUCAGAAAUAAUUACAUCUGCUUAAAAGAAAUUUAAUAGAUAUACAGUAUAUAAACAUGUUUUACAAAAUAUUUUAACGCAUACCGUUAAUUGUUUAACGUUGUUCUCGCUCAAAUUGAACGUCGAGUGUGCUAAUUGUACAUCUAGUCUGCUAAAUAGACGUCGAGUCUGCUAAUUGAACAUCGAGUCUGCUAAAUGCUUUUUCUUACCUACGUGGUACACUUUUGGUAAAAUUUUAGAUCCCUUAUCGUUUACAAAAAGAACACACUUAAGGAAAUCAUCAUUGUAUAUAAGACAAAAUUGAAUCUGUUCAAAAUAUAAUUGACGGAAUGCUGCAUCGAUACUGCCAUCGAUUGAUGUUGUGCGUCGUAAAGGGGUGACACUCCAAAUCAAUGUCCACAUACAACACGCAACACGUGUUGGAAGCGUCAUCUUUAGGAAACUCACAGUGAAACAGAUGUUCACGUGGCGACUGCCUCCUUACAACUCGUACUGAUAAAGAUGGCUCGAGUGGUUACAGUUUUCUUGGUCGCGUGCUUUUCCUUUGGAACUUCCCAAGAUCUAACUACAGUUAUGAAUUUUGAAAAGUUUUUCCGAAUGGAAGAGGAACUUCUCACUCUCUCGGAUUUGAUCGUUAAACAGGAGUUAAGAAAUCAUGAGGAAGAUGUUCACAAGUUUGCCAAUAUAACUGGGAUGCUUGAAAAUGUCAAAACUAUUCACAAGGAUAUCGGCAGGAAUGUAGUAGGUUAUAUCAGCCACCCCAUCAACCAGUUCCACCUCACCAGACGACUAUACCACGAAUGGCGGGAAAUUUUACAACUUAUACUAAAUAGUGAUACUUGUGUCAAAGCUUUAAAAGUGAAAUUACAAAACAUAGAAGAAAAUGUUCCAAAUAAGGACGUCUUUAACACAAUCGCAAGUACUAUAUCUGCGCUUCAGCUUUACAAAAGCCUCACCAUUGAGCAGAUAAUGAGUGGCGAUGUAACGGGAGUGAAGCCGCUACAGAGGCUAUCCCUGUCGGACGCCUUUGACAUAGCAAACUCUGCAUAUGAAAUGGACGACACAUACUAUGCUAUUAAGUGGUUCAGAUACAUCGUGGAUGAGGUGAAAGAAAAUCGUAUAUCCGAUAUAGAUGACCAAAUAUCGUCAUCGGCAGUGUUCCACCUAUUAUCCAAUGCAUAUUUCAAGGCUGGUCUUGUCAAAGAAGCACAGACGACGUUAGCUGACUUGCUGCGACUAGAUCCCAAAAACGUUGCUGCCAAAAGAAACUUGGAAUAUUUACAGACAAGCAAAUCAUCAGCUGAUCCUUCUGAACUGAAACCGAGAAAACCGUCAAAGAAGAGCAGGCGGCUCUAUGAGGAACUCUGCAAAUCAGAACAGAAAAUGGUAAUUUCAAAGUCAUCUAGAUUAAAGUGCGUGUACUUCCCGUUGAGGAAUCCUGUUCCGUACAUGAAGACUGGCGUGAGGGCGGAAGUGGUUAACGGACGUCCCCAGAUCAUUGUUCUGUACGAUAUGUUGGACAAGGGUACUGCAAUGGCCAUUUCUUAUAUGGGAUAUAAGAAGCUGAUGGACUCCUCCACAGUGAGAGGAUACUCCCAAGUGAAACACAAUGCAGCAGUGUACGACACGACAUACUGGAAAUGGAUUCCAAACUUACAAGCCAAAUUCUCAGAACUGAAACUCAGUCAUUUCCCGCGCGUGUUCUUUUCAUACAGAACUUUUAAUAUCGGCACAGAAGGGCAGAUGAUGGAUUACGAACCCGAGGAACAAAGCCCAGUCGUCGGAAAUUUCAUCUCAUUUCUCACCGAUUCUACAGUUGGCGGAGAGUUAGUAUUUCCUAUGUCCAAGAUAAAGAUACCCGUCACUAAGGGUAACGUUGUAUUUGCAGAGACUAGAGCUCAGAUGGGAAUCUGUCCCGUGUACUAUGGAUCUCAGUGGUAUGGCAGUCAAACACUAUUUGAAAGAAUCCCUUCAGGCAUGUGUCCUUUAAAAAAGAGAGUUCCAAAAUUUUACUGAAAAAAAACCUCAAUGAAGACAAAAUCAAAGAGAACUAUGACAAAAAAUUAGUUAAAUUUAUUAACAAAUUGCGUAGACUGUGCACAUAAUUUGAAUAUAAUGCAAACAGCUUUCUAGCACAUAUAUGUAAAAAAAAAAAUAAAAAAAAUAUGUAUAUUAAAAGUAUACAAAACAUUUUAUAGCAAAUCAAUACAUCAACAAUAUGCUUCAUAGUACCUACUACAUGUAUUGAUGAGCUGAAUACAAUAAAAUUUACAAUAACAGUG